AUGGCUUCUGCGUUAGCGACACCUGCAACUUCAUCUUCAAAAGAAACAACUAAUUAUGCCAGGCUAUGCCGUGUUCUUGUCGAUGUGGGCACUUGUGCCCUCAGGGAUUCCUUUGAUGCAAUCUGUACACCACCAACCCUACACACCUUCUUAGCAGCCAAUCAACCCACAUUGCAGUCUCUAAGGUCACGAAGGAUCAUCAACGCAACGCAAUGGGGAAAACUCUUCCCCGCAAUCUCUGCCUCUGUAUCAUCAAGAGAUUUUGACAUCACUUUACUCAUGAUUCUCUUGAGAAACGUAUGUGGUCUAGCUCCCCCACUUACUGGCUGAGACUCCCUUCCUGCGGCCACAGACUUCAGCCAUGAAGCAGACAUUGCGCGAAUCAAAUACCUCAGAAAUACAGUGUACGCUCACGCUGAACACGCUUCUGUUGAUGAUGCAGCAUUCGACAAACAUUGGAAAGACAUCCGGGACACUCUGGUGCGAUUAGGAGGAGUUACGUACGAGGUAAAAGAUUUUUAGAAAAUGUUCGGUAUGAUUUUACAUUCCUGCAUUUAGUGCCCUGUAAUUGUUUUGGUGUUGAAUCCAGCUACAAACCAGGGAAUGAUAGGGGUGGUGAAUGGUACCCCGAAAAACGUGGGUCUCGGAAAAUUUUGGCGGGAUCUCGAAAUCUCGGAAGCGUUUUUCACAAGUCUCGAAAUCUUGUUUUUGCAUGGUUUGUUUUUACUUUUUUUGAGUCUCGAAACUUUUUACCAAAGAGUCUCGGGCUCGGAUUUCUAACUAGGAUCUCGGCGUCUCGGCGAGUCUCGGAUUUUACCAUUCGCCACCCCUAAUGAUUAUGUGAUAUCUUCUACUCGCAGGCCGCUAUUGAAAACCUGCAAUUUUUCUGUAUGGAUCCCGAUAUGGAGUAUCACUACAAAGAUCUCCUUAAUAAGUGGAAGAAUGAUGAAGAUAACAUAAAAGAUGAAUUGAAAGAAAUAGGCGCUAACGUAAAAAAAAUUAGCACAGGCAUAAAAGAAGCCGUAAAAGAAAUUAGCACUGACGUAAAAGACCUCGCAAAGAAGCUUGGUGACUUAGUGGUACCAAAUACGAUUCCUGCCAGGGAGGCGAAUGCUGAAGGUAAAUACAAAGAGAUACAACUAUUAAACGAACACCAAGGCCUGAAAGUUAGCGUGCAAGACAUCAGCAUAGUUUGAAUAAAAUAAUCUUGAAACAAGAAACAAAGUUGACUUUGGGCAAAACACCCUCUUGACGGGAGGGUGAGCACGCCAUACCGGUGCUCGCAGCCAAUGAAAGGGUAAAUAAAAUGCUGUCCUUUCAAACUCCUCCUCACUGUGCCAGAAAGAAAAGAAAAAAAAGAGAGAUUGAACAACAUUCCUGUCCCAGUAUAUAGGCCUGCCAUACACCAAGCCUUUAGGUUUGUUUAAAAGUGGGAGAAAGACGCAAGCAUAUAAAUCGGUGUGCAAGUGUGGGGGCGAUGUAGACAUAACUAUUUUGUGAUUAUCAACUGCGUCGUUCGGACACGAAGCAGGCAGCGUAAAAAACAUAGCACUCGUCACGGAAUCUCGCUCUUUGGCGAUCUAACGGUGGUGCCAUCAUUAUACAUUGAUACCUCUGCGCCUGCCUGUCUCAUCUUAUGGUAAUUCUUUUAUUUUUGUCGGUACCAAGCCCGUGUGUGAACCCUGUAAACCCCUUAACAGUGAAAAUAUGCCAUUAUAUAACCUCGUGAAAACGCCAAAAGGGCAUAACAUUCAUUCCUUUUUAUUCUAUAGAAUUAUUGUACAUGCAGCUCCUUCCAUAAAAAAGGUUAACCUCAGUCAUGUUUUUUGGUUUUUCAUAAGGUAAUGGCACAAAACUGGAGGAGAUAUUGGACUCUCGUUUGGUCUGUGGAGAGACAUUUCACGAGAAUAAACUUUUCACAUCUUUCUGUGAACAGUGCAAAGUGUGCAUUUGUGAAGAGUGUAAACAGACUCGUCACAAUCGUCACCCCACUGUGGGUAUUGACCGAGCCGCAGAGCAACAUAAAGUCGAUAUCGAGGAGAUUGUGCAGGAAAUGAAAAGUAAAAUUGCUGACUACACGGAGCAUGUGAAAAGGACAAAGACAUCCUUUAAAAGAAGCCGAGAGAGGAUUACUAUAGCACGUAAUAAAGUUAUGACAUCUGUUGAGGAACUUAAGCAACUUUUACAAGAACAUGAGAAAGCUAUGAUAACCAGUUUAGAUAUCAUAGAAGGAAAAGAACACAGAGAGCAUGCAGCACAACUGGAACAUUUUCAAAUUUCUAUUAACCAGUUACAAACACAUGUCGAGUGGUGCGAGGACAUGUUAUUGAGAAAGAAAAGCGUUGAGAUUCUUCAAACUGAAAAUGCUCUGAUUGGACGGUGCAAAGGUCUCCUAAAUGCAGAGAAACUAAACAUUUAUAAACCAUCACAUGUCAGAUACGAGAUAAAUAAAGAGCAUGUAGAGAAUGUGAGAAGUGAACUUUCAGUGGUGGGUCGAGUUGUUAUAGGUAGCACAGAUACUUUGCAGUCGGUGGCUGAAGGAACGGGUUUGCAAGAAGGAGACCUCGGAAGUGAAGCAACAAUCAAAGUAAAGACUAAAGAUUCUGAUGGAAACCAGUGCUGUGAUGAAAACGAUCAGAUUUUUCUGAAAAUUCAGUCAUCUUCAGAAAAGGAACUGAGCCACACAAUUGAACACAACAAAGACGGCGAAUAUAGCAUCACUUACACACCAGACUGUGUUGGACAACAUAAAGUAUUGAUUGAGGUUAACGGUGAGCCACUGACUGGUAGUCCAUGGCGGGUUCAAGUGACUCCACAUCGUUACAAAUAUUUAUUUUCGUCUUGUUCAUUUGGGCAACGACACGGAAAAUUCUACUGGCCAAAUAGUAUUGCAAUAGAUGAAAAGUCUGGGAAAGUUGCAGUGGCCGAUAAAAGAAGUGUACAGCUCUUUAGCUUAGAGGGACAGUUUCUAACAGACAUUGGUACAGAACUAACUAAACCCGCAUCUGUGGCCUUCACCAGGUCAAGUGAACUCGUAGUUGUUGCUUCUAAAACGAUUUUUUGUUAUGACAUCACAAAAAAUUCUGUUAAAAUAAUCACCAACAAACACUUAACGUCACCACGGCACUUAACUAUUGCGCGUGAUGGACGCAUUGUGGUGUGUGACGGGGUGGACGAUACAGUGAAGGUUCUGUCUUCUGAUGGAUUAGAGUUGUUACUUAGCAUUUGUGAUCCUGAGCGCGCAAUCCCAUGCUAUGCUUUACAUCAUCAGAAUAUGAUUUUUGUUUCCUAUUCUUGGGCACAUUGCGUCUUGAAGGUUUUCAGCGAGAAUGGCGUGUUUCUGUACAGUAUCGGAACUCUCGAGUCUGGUGACGGACAACUGAGUACUCCCGUUGGUCUUGCAAUUGACAGGUUUAAUAACCUGGUGGUGUGUGAUUGUGAUAAAGCAAGACUUCAGAUAUUCACUCUUGAUGGGAAAUUUGUAAACACAAUUGAAGGACAACACACACAACUUACUACUCCUCUUUCUGUUGCUGUUUCAAGCACUGGCCAGCUGUUUGUUACUGAUGUAAACAAAGGGUGUGUGCAUGUUUACCAGUAA